UCAGAAGCCCGCUGUCAUACCUGGUGACCUCCGGUGCCCACUGCCUUGCCAGAAUGACGCGGUGCCGCUGGCAAGACAAAUGACCUGAUGCCUGGUGACCCAGUGCCCGCCUGUCAUACCUGGUGACCCGAUGCCCGCUGUCGAGCCAGACAAUCCGAUACCUGAUGACCCGGGAGCCCACUGUCUUGCCAGAACCACUCGGUGCCCGCAGUCUUUGCCAGACGACUCGUGCCCGCAGUCCUUGCCAGACGACUCGGAUGCCCGCCAGUCUUGCCAGACGACUCUUCCGCCAGACGACUCGGUGCCACUGUACGUGCCUGGUGACUCGGUGCCCGCCGCUUCGUGCUGGGGGCCCGAGACUCUGUUGCCCUGCCUGAGGGCCCCGAGACCUGUU